GUGGUACUACACACACACUUCACAAAGGAAUGGUUGGGUGGGUGUGUUCUAGAGUGCAGUAAGGAAGGGAAAGACAUUAAAACAAGCAAAUCCCAAAGAUUCCUUACCUGCAAACAACAAAAGAGCAUUACCCAGAUGAAGUGUUAAAUGCACUUGGUAAAAAAGAGAAGACAGAAAGUAAAACGCAGGAAGAGUUAAAAGGAGCAGGAAUUGUGCCGAAGGCUAAGAGGGAAGCAGAAAUACACAACUCUGGGAUAUUUUGGGUGUUUUCCUGUUGAUUCUUCGCAUCAGACAGCACAGUGUCAUUUGCUACAUGUCAACAACCAUCUCCUCAGAUGGAAAUCUACACUGUCACUCUGGCAACGGGCACAUCGGAGUAUUCUGGCACUAACAACUACAUCUAUGUGACGCUGGUUGGGGUGAUGGGAGAAAGCGAGCGCACUCUACUGGACAACCCGGGCCUAGACUUCUGUCGAGGGGCGGUGGAUGAGUACAAAGUAACCAGCCAUACCGCUCUCGGCCCUCUGCUACUUGUCAGACUAGAAAAAGAGCGAUACUGGGUGGAAGAUAACUGGUUCUGUCGCUACGUCACUGUGAAACCUCCAAUUGGAGACCAAGCGCUGACCUUCCCUUGUUACCGCUGGUUUGUGGGAGAUGUUACAGUGGAGAUAAGAGAAGGAACAGCCAAAACACAUAGAGAUGACUCCUUAGCUCUUCUCCAAGCUCACAGAAAAAGAGAACUUCAGGACAGACAGCAGACUUACAGAUGGCUAACGUGGGCGACUGGGAUACCACGAUGUAUUGAUGCUAAAACAGAAGCGGAUUUGCCACAAGAUGCUCGUUUUGACAACGAGAAGAGAAGUGACUUUGAGUAUUCAUUACAUUUUGCCUUGUUGGAGUUGUCGCUUAAGAAACUCGCCAUCCGUUUUGGGAAAUCCUGGGAGGACCUUGAGGAUUUCAAACAGAUCUUCUGGAAGCUCCGAAGCCCAAUAUCUGAGUACUGCAUGGACCACUGGAAGGAAGACUGGUUCUUUGGUUACCAGUGUCUAAAUGGCUCCAACCCCAGAAUGAUCCGCAGGUGUAAGAGGCUACCAGAGAACUUCCCAGUCUCAGCUUCCAUGGUGCAGAGCUCAUUCCCUCUUAGAACUAACCUGAACAAAGAACUUAAGGCGGGUAACAUAUAUUUGUUAGAUUAUAUCAUCAUGGAGGGGAUUCCCAGCAACACGAUCGAGGGUAAACCACAAUACAUUGCUGCUCCCCUCUGUCUCCUUUACCAACAUCCAGACCAGGGGCUCAUACCUAUUGCUAUUCAGCUGGGUCAAAUUCCAGGCUUGGACGCACCCAUUUUUCUGCCUAAAGACCCACCUCUCGCCUGGCUGCUGGCAAAGAUGUGGGUGCGUCACUCAGAGUUCCAGAUCUUCCAGGUGCUAUCUCACCUGCUCAGGACUCACUUGGUGGUGGAGGUGUUCUGUGUGGCUACGCUGAGACAGUUGCCAGCCGUACAUCCCAUUUAUAAGAUGCUGGCUCCCCAUCAGCGCUACACACUGGAAAUCAACUGUCGGGGGCGCGCUCAGCUCAUCUCAUCAGAUGGCAUCUUUAAACGGGUUGUGUCUACAGGUGGUGAUGGUCUGCUCAUUCUGGCCCAGAGAGAGUACAAAGAUCUCACCUACCGCUCACUCCAGCCCUUCCUUGAUUUUGCUGAUCGAGAAGUUUCUCACCUGCCAAAGUAUUUUUACAGAGAACACAGUCUCAUGCUGUGGGAGUCAAUACACAGUUUUGUCUCAGAAAUGGUGAGCCUGUACUAUCAGUCCGACCAAGAUGUGCAGCAGGACUCUGAACUCCAAGAAUGGGUCAAAGAUAUCACGCAAGUGGGCUUCACAGAGCUCCCCAACUUUGGUCUUCCGAGUGAGCUGAGCACCAAAGCGGAACUGUCUACCUUGCUUGCAGUGAUCAUCUUCACCAGCACAGUCCAGCAUGCUGCUUCUAACAAUGGGCAGUUUGACUGGUGUGCAUGGAUACCAAAUACUCCUUGCACCAUGAGACAACCACCACCGACAGACAAAGACGCUGUUACAAUGGAAAUGAUCAUGGCCACCCUUCCUGAUGUCAGUCAGUCAUGUGUGCAGAUGGCUAUCACGUGGCACCUGGGACGAGCACAACCUGAUGCAAUUUUUUUGGGCGACUACACAGAGCAGCACUUCAGUGAGGGGCGAGCUUUGGAGCUAAUUAACAAAUUUAGAAAGGAUCUGAAAGAGAUUGAAGCCCACAUCUUAAAUCAGAAUGAAGGACAGGAGCUGCCCUACCUAUUCCUACUGCCCAGCCGUGUAGAAAACAGCAUCACAAUAUGAACAAAUCUUCACCUCAAGUAUGAAACAAAGAUUUCUUAUUCUUUUUAUAUAAAGAAAUAUAUUAUUACAGUACUCCAUUAAGUACAUGUUAAUAGUGUACAACAGCAUAUUAUAGCAAAAUGUAGCAAUAGUUGACAGUGACAAUUGACCAGAGUCACUGUAUGCAUUCUAAAGUCCCUUGAAUGCGGUGUGAACCUUCAUUCUUGUUACCCACUGUGUAAAACGAUUAUUCAGUUCCUGCACUUCUACAGUAUAUUUACACAAGUGAUGUCUUCUUUGUUUCUCUACUUCCAAAUUGACUUGACCUUUUUAAAGAUGGACUUGAUAGCUGGUUUAGUGGCUUGGCUGUCUGAAACCGUGUCGAGAGUGGUACCAGGACAACAACCAACCUCCAAAUUAUUUGGGCGUAUCUUCCUUGAACGUCUCAUUUUCCACCUUUUCCACAGAGACUUCCUCUUGGAAUGAAGUCCUUCAGGUUGCAUGUCUUCUUUUAGAGUGUCAUCUGAUAAUUGAUUCUUGCUUCCUCUCCCUUUUAUCAACUGGUAGCUGCUAGAAGAAGCAAUAGAGGUGGAUCCAGUGUACGGUGAGUCUCGCGGACCAGUUGAGUAACCGUCAAACUCAUCCUUGGACUGUUUGAUGUCACUACAAAUCGGCUUGCCUGUCAUGGCAACACUCUCUAAGGAUUCCACUGAGCUCCUUUCAGGGACGUAUACACGGACAGCAUCACAGAGACCUUGUCUGAGGGAAUUUUCUAAUUUUUUGGAAAACUCCUGUCUGAAGAUGUUCUCAAAGAUACUGUAGAUGUUGUGCUCAUUUGCAUCCCCCUCAGACUGGAGAAGAUUGAGCCCACUGGCUUUCUCUUCAUCUGUCUCUGUAGCUCCCAGUUUACUGUCUGGAAUGGAUGCCAAGCCAAUAGAAUGGCAGGACAUUUCUUCUUCUGCUUUUUCAUUGGAGAUAUUUGGAGUUGGUUGUUCAUAGCGGCAUGUAUUCUUGAUCAUGUUUGCCUUCUCAAGGGGGAAUGAAGUUGGUGUGGUGGAAUGGGAUUUAGAGGUUGCAGUUUCCACAAGAGUAGAAAGCCCGGAGCAAGAUUCUUCCUCAAAGAAGCAAAACUUCUCCACGGCCAUUUGUUCAGAAAUAUUCUGAGGUUUCUCCACUUUGCUGUCACUUGUGAUUGGGUUUGUUUCUUUAACAAUGGAGGAUGGAUCUUCUGCAGAACCUCCAAGCUCGGCAUCCUCUAAAGCGCCUGAAGUCCCAGACAAUGACUCUUCUUCAUCCUCCUCUUCUUCCUCUUCUUCGUCCAAACUAUCAUGAUGAAAAGCUUUCUCGGCUUUUGUCUCAUUCUUGACUUUGGCUUUCUUGCCCUUCUUCUUGCCUGAGCGAGAUUUCCACAUGGACUUCAUUUUUUUAACAAUGGUUUUGCCGGCUGUCUUUGUAACUUUGCUGGCUGAGUCAAUGGUGUGAACAACAGGCUGAAUAACAUGGCUGAUGAUAUUUUUGGCUUUCUCGAUGAUGGGAGAGGAGGUGGAAGGAAAAGGCACUGGAGAAUCUGCCACCCCUGUGUCAUCCAACCCAGAGGUGGAUCCAGACUCAGAUAUCCAACUAUCUUUCCUUGCUUGUUCUUCAGAGGCAUCUGGAAUGUUCUCAUCCAUCACAUUUAAUGAAGAAGUGGAAAGCCGUGGGGUCGACUUCACCUCAAGUGCGGAGGCAUUCUCCGCCGUCUCAUAUUCAUGAAGAGGUAUCUCGUUUCUGAAGACAUUUGCCUUUUGAAGGGCGGAUAUAAUAGGACACGAACAGGGAGCAGAACGUGUCACCCCAGCGUACCUCGAUGUGUUGGCUGAAGAAGAAGCUGAAGAAUUGGCCUCUCCUGUCUCCUCUAAAAUGGGGGACAGCCUGGGGGUCAACUGUUUUUCAAAUCUGCAGAGUUCCUCCACUGCACCCUCAUCCAAUAUGUCCAGGGGAAAGUAUUUGCCGUCUAUUUUGGUGCUCAUGAUCAAGUUUGAAGAUGAACUUUCCUCUGCAGGUCCCUCUGUUGCCGGUGCAAGCCUUGAUAUAACUGGAAAAUCCUGAUGUUCCUCUUCUUUGCUGAUUUCCUUAUCAGACAAUGAAGAAGAAUGGGAAGCAGAUGGAACCUUCACUUCAGUGUCUUCUGAAGUGGGCAGAAGACUGGAGACCGGUCCUCCCUCAACUAUUUCGGACUCCUCCUCUGCCUCUUUAUCUGAAUGAUCUGUGAUAUCUUCAUCCUUCCACGCUGACCUGACUUUUUCUAUGGUGUCAACCACAGGCUGAAUCACAUGGCUGAUCAUACUGAUAGCCUUCCCAAGCAUAGGUGAAGAGUCCUCUCCCUUUGGUUCUUCAUUGCUGUACUCUAACAUAUUACUGUCAGGCCGCUCUUUCUCCUUAGAUGACAUUAAAUAGCCCUCCUUUCCUUCAGGAAGGAACUCUUUGGGAUUCUCAGCACUCAUGAGCCUCUCCGAGAAAAAGGUCUUGAGGUAUUGCUUGAUUUUAUGCUGAGUGAUGAUGCCGUACGACGACUCGUCGAUAUAAACAUUUGUAGUAGAGCGUUCUUCUGCAUCCCAGAGGGCAAUCAGCUGUCUCAACUUUGCAAUGUCUGCUAUGCUCUUCUCCACGAUGCUCUUGAUGAUAUUGUUGAUUUUGUCAUCCCUCUCUUUGUCCAUUAGGCUUGAGGUCAUAUUCUAGUGAACAAAUACAACACACAUCUAAAUAGCAUGCCAAUUAUUUUAUUGAAUAAAUGAUGCACAUUGGCAUGGGGUUAUUUUAUUACCUGGUUUACUUCCGAAAUGUUCAGAUGGUCGCCAAACAACCCCCGUUGUACAAAAAAAUCUUUCAGGCAUUUCUGAGUGUUGAGAAGGUCAAAAAUACCGUAUGGGGACAACUGGCUCUUCUCUGUGAUUUUUCGCAGAUGAGCUUUGUUGUAACUCGCCGCCAUUUUUGCUUCCAUGGCCUUCAUCCCUUGCUGAAGUACAUUUUGUUUUAGGAAAACAAUAUUUGUGGACAAUCACAAACCUUUGCUUUCGCCUGUUUGAUCUGAGCCGUGCAAAAGAGAUCGAAGCAUGACAUCGGCACAUUUUGUCAUGAAAGCAUGACAUCAUCACCUUUUAGUCAUCAAAGCGUGAUGACUAAUAAUGAGAUUCCAAAUGAACGGGCACAAAUAAGUUAAGUUUAACUCCAAAGCAUCCAAUUACCAGUCAGCAACAAAAAUCUACAAAGAUUACAACUUGUGUAAAUAACUACUUUAGGUCAAACAACUCCUGCAGUUUUCAAUUACAAUGGUACCUCGACUUAAGAGUACACCAACUUACGAGUGUUUUGAAAUUAGCCGUCUCAUGGCUACUCCUAUGCUUUAGGUUGUGUGCAAAAAUGUAAAGUUAUAGGCCUCCUCACCAUUAGUUGGGAUAGCGAAUGAAGAGAAGAAGGGAUCCACUCAUAUUGCUCCACCAGGUUGUCUACACGGUCGGUCAUGUUUUUGAUGAUGUAUUCCUUUAGCUCAAUGAAUAUUAUCUUUUGCUUAUUAUUCUCUGCCCUCUCCUUCACACACUUUAUUCCUUCCAAUGGUUGGAAAGCAAAGUGGUGUCGACCUCUAGCUAUGAGCUAAUGCUAGUGAGUAAGACCAGAUGUUUUGAAUGGAUCUUACAGGAUUUAGUGUGACAGUAAACCCUGUAAGAGCCCUUUAGGUCUGUGGUAUGACAUGAAAAUUAUUGUAUGGUGUAUUUGACGGAGAAACAGCUCAAAGGAGAAACCAUACAAAGCCGCUAUCCAAGGUAUAUGUUGGACAUUAUUCUUACAUUACUUCAUAAAACUACUGUAAUUGUUUGUAGAACAUUCUAUUGUAUUUUACAUUCAGUAUUUCUCAUCUAAAAGUUUUUUUUCUUUCUAUAAAGCAUGUUACAAUUCUGAUAUUUUGGGGGUGAGGCAAAUACUGAUUACAUUUUCAUAUGUCCUACAUAUCCUUAUCUUUAUCCUUUUUAUCUACUAAUGGUUCUUACUAUUUUACAAGUUUUAUUAUUUUCACUUUCCAACGUUCCUCAGAGGGAGCCAUCUGCUGUGGGGGCCCUUUAUGUCAGCAUACUUGUGGCCGUGGUCUGAUGACCUCCUGGUGCAGAUGGCUCCUGUGAUAGUGUUUACUCACAUGUCUCCUCUGUACUCAGCCAUGCAUUCAUUUGAUCAUAUAGUUGCGUAUGGGUGUGUGUUUGUGUUUGGUAUAAGUGUCUGUGCGUGCGUGUGUGAUAAUGAUCUGGGUCGUUGGGGUAUUGUUUUCAACUUUGUAAAGCAUUUUGCGUUGCAUUUCAUUUGUAUAAAAAGCGCUUUAUAAAUAAAGUUCAUUCAUUUCAA